AUGGCAUCUCAGGUCGUUAUGCACCAGCCUACCGAAGCUUCCCACGACCCAGAAGCAUCCAUCUCCCUCAACAACUUCAGGUGGGGAGAGGUCGACAGUAAGCUUCAUACACAGACUACCGCCGCAGCUGCCGCCCCUCCGCCGCCUCCAUUGGGUGUCCUCUCUGCCUUCCAUGGCAAUUUCAGCGGCACAGGUCUGAACAUGAUCUUCCGCCCGAACAGCGGCCCACCUAAAGGAACCACUUUCACCAACCCAAUCACCCCCGCUGCGCCAACUCCACCAAGCGAGAACGUCUUGGAAAUCAACCUUACCACAGAGACACUCAAAUUUGCCGACACCCUCGGCAGCGUACCCAACAGAGGUCUCGAAGGCCAACAAGAUAUCUUCCUCAAUGGCGUCCCAUACUUCCAGUCCGUCAACGAUGUCACUAAUUUCGACACUGGCAAAGCCGAUGGCCAACCCCAAGGUAUCCAUGCCGAGCCGGGAGUGUGGAUGCAUGUCCCUGCCUCCACGGAUCCAGCUGUGGGUGCAUCGCUCGUCCGUAUGGGGUCCAUCCCACACGGCACGACCAUCAACGCGCAAGCUCUCGAGUCCAGCGUGAUCAGCGUCAAUUCCGGGCCGAUUUUCCCAAAGGUCGACAUCACGCCCUUCAUCAUCGGGACAAACCCACCAAAGAAAGUUCCAGCCGGCACGUUCGUGGCCCAAACGGCCAAGAAUGUCAAUUCCCCUCGUAUCCCGCAGGACCUGACGAAAUUUAUCGCCGCCAAGACCAUCACUCAAGAGAUCCUGGAUGAUCCUAACACCGUCCUCGCGACCGCGAACAAGGGCAAGAACAUCGUCAAGACACAAGUCUUCACCGUCUCCACGGACCCCACAAACACCAUCCUUGGUGGCGGAACGGCAAACAUUGCCUUCCUCUCCGACCCAGGCACCAAGGGCCCUAAUGCCAAUGCCGCCAGCAUGACAGCAACCUUCUGGAUCAACACCGUACAAUCCAUCAUCCGCAUCCCAACUCUACGACCAGGUCAGAGCGUGCGCAUCGCGGGUGCUGAGCCCCAGCCUGGUGCACGCGUACCUACAUUCGCCGUCAAGCCGCCCACCGAAGGCAGCGCUGUAGCGCCUACCACCGAAGCAAGGCAGAUCGUGGUCACGCAUACAGAGAUCCAGUAUUCGCAGCAGGUGAACCUCAACUUUGCGGGGCUGACCUGGCCACACAUCUCUGUCGCCACGCUCGUUCCAACGACGGAUCAGGUCGUGCCUCCACAUGUGCUGCAUACGCCGAAUGGAGAUAUCCCACUCCAUCAGACUGCUCCUGUUCAUAACGGCGCUGAUCUUCAGCAGCCUUUGCAGAAUGGCGGUGCGAAUGGCGCUGAUGAUAAGCGGCAUGUGCUGCACACACCACACGGUGAUGUGCCGUUGCAUCAGACUGCUCCGCCGCAUCGUGGGCCGGCUGUAGAUGAACCUAUGGAGGAUGCGCCAGGCGACGAGGGUGUGGAGGGUGUGGCCGUUAAGGCGGGGGUCACUGCCAAAGAGUAA